GCCGUCCGAUCGAAUUUAACGAUUCUCGGAGGGGCCGGUGACACUGUAACAUCCGAUUACCACACGCGAGAGAUAGAGAGGGAGGGAAGAAAAAAGUGAGACCCUCCGCACGAGCAUGCCGGAGAGGCUCGGCCAUCAGUAGAACAGUUCACUCGGCCGAGCGUCACGUGCGCCACUCGCAUGCUUACUCUACUUAUUCUUCUUCCGCUUUCCUGGGCUUCGCCGUCAUCUUCUUCUUCCUGCGCCGACUGGAUUUCGCACUAGUCCAAGGAAUUUAAAUGUUCAUCACGAGAGGACAUGGGGCCCGUGGAGGCGUAUCGCUACCUCGUGCAGGAAAUAUCAGAUCCAAGGGUGGCUGAUUGGCCGAUGAUGGCCAGUCCGUUUCCGGUACUGCUGGUUCUCCUCGCCUAUCUACUCUUUGUGCUGCAUCUCGGACCAAAGUACAUGCAAACCCGCGCGCCCUACCAUCUCGGCAAUGUCAUGAUAGCGUACAACGUCACAAUAGCCACCUGCAGUGCGGCUGUUUUUUACGGGCUUCUCACUUCGGGUUUCACGACGAGCUUGUCCUGGGGCUGCGAGCCCGUCGACUAUUCCCUGACUCCCGAGGCAAUUAGCAUGGCACGAUGGGUCUGGUGGAUAUUGCUCCUGAAAAUAGCCGAGCUCGGGGAUACCGUUAUCUUCGUACUGCGCAAGAAGUACAAUCAGUGCUCGUUCCUGCACAUUUAUCAUCACGCCGCUACCGUGAGCCUCGCCUGGAUGGCCUGCAAGUACGCCCCAGGUGGAAUGUGGACCUUCAUAAUGAUGCCAAAUUGUCUGGUUCACGUGAUCAUGUACACGUACUAUCUGUUGGCCUGUCUGGGCCCGAGGUUGCAAAAAAGAAUCGCCCCCUACAAGCCGUACAUGACUAUCCUUCAGAUGAUCCAAUUCGUGAUAAUGGUGAUACACACAUCCCAAGCGCUGAUGCCGUCCUGCGAGCCGAAGAAGAAGCCCCUGGCGUACAUCUACAUGGCCAACGUCAUCGUGAUAUUCUACAUGUUCUGGGACUUUUACAAGAAGGCCUAUCUGACCAAGAAAUCGGUGUAAUUUAUGGGUCGCGCGAGUCGGACUUUCGAAACUGAUCGAAAAAGAGCCGAGGGGGGACGCUAUCUUUUUUUCCUUUACCAUCGCGGAUGGACACGUGUGUGUUGUUAUCGUGCAGUCGAACGACUGGGUAGGGGGGGGGGAGAAGUUGCGUCGUUUAUCCCAGGACUUUGUGCUCUUCCUACGCGGGCGACCGGAUUUAUUUCCCCAUAUUUUUGGAUUUAUUUUAUUUUUAUUCAUAUGAUAAAAGAAGCAAAAAAAGUAACAUAAGGAAGAGAGAAAUAAAGUUGCUACAUAGCUUCUGCCGCACACAACGGACGGCAAUUAGCCUACAAACGCGUUUCCCUUCGUCACAGGGAGAGCGGCUUUUCCUUCGCAUGUUGGUCAUUUGCACCUCGCAAGAGUAAUUUCUUUCUUAUACCCUCGUGUGUCGCCCACGAUGAGUCAUACCGUAUAUAUAUACAUGUAUGUGAGCGCGCGGUGGCUCGGUCUGCUAGGUCGUGGAUUGGCACGCGGGAC